AUGUUACGAAAAGGACACCUCAAAGAGUUGCUGAGCGACCGGGGAAGGACCAACUUUGCUAGAGGACGCGAACAACACCAAGGACCACCAAAGCCGCCCUCACCAACUCGCACCAUCCACAUGAUCAUUGGUGGCGGCGACGAUGCUUCCAUCAACAACGUGAAGUUCACCACCACCCACAAGCUCAAACGUUCAAUCACCCGCGAAUGGUAUGACGAACUCGAAGAGAGUAUCAUCUCCGAUACGUCAGAUACCAACUGUUUGGCUUUUCCUCACUUUGAUGCCCUUGGUAUUACUUUACGAAUUUUAGAUACCGAUGUGAGAUGCAUUAUGGUAGAUGAUGGGAGCGGCACAUGCAUUAUCCAUGCUCGAGUACUUGCACAAAAGCAACUCGAAGAUAAGAUAGUGCGUGCUGCAUCAUGCUAA